AUGGAGCCAGCGCGGAGGGCCCGUGCCACCUCCCGUCUGAUCUGCAUCCUGGCCUUGUUCAUCACCAGAGGUAAUUCAUUGAAAUGCCUUGAAUGUAAAGAUCUGUCUGGGGAUUCCUGCGUGGGAGAAUCUGUGAUCUGUCAGUCUGGAUCCAACGUGUGUAUCUCCAGCCUGGUCCACUACCAGAAAGUGCCCACCUGGGUAUUUAUGAGGUUCUGUGGUAACUCAGAGCAAUGUCCAGAAGUCGUCACACUGAGGACCCCAUACAGCAGAAUGGUGACCAGCAACAAGUGCUGCAUGGGUGACAACUGCACACCUUCAAGACCCCCAGUGAUCGCUGAGGAGGCAAAGAAUGGUCUGAUCUGUAAGGGAUGUUUCAACGCUACGUCAGACACAUGCCAAGAACACAAGUCUGUAGAAUGCCGCGGCACCGAGCGCCAGUGCUUCACCUACUACAACCGAUACCUGGAGGGCAAUAGAUCCAUCGCUAUGGAGGGAUGUGCGACAAAGACGGCCUGUGCCCUGGACCUCAACAAUGAUGGUAAAGAGACGAUGUGCUACGGGGAAAGUUACGCCAAUCGCAGUCCCCAGAUUGCUUCCUCGCUGUCCUUCGCCGCCUUCUUCAUUGUUCUGUAUCUGUGCUGA